AUGAGGAAUACUUCGAAACUUGUGGCUAUUUUUGUGAUAAUUUGUGGCGUUCAAUAUGCAAAUGCGGGAGUUUCAGUUGAAGAGAUGAAGAAAGCCGGGAUGUUGGUACGAUCAAUUUGUCAGCCAAAAUUCAACAUUCCCGAUGAUCAAGCUGAUGGCUAUGCUAAAGGAAUCUUCCCCGAUGACAAGAAUUCCAAAUGUUACGUGAACUGCGUCUUUGAGAAUAUGCAGUCAAUGAAGCGUGGAAAGUUCCAAUUUGAAGCCACCAAGAAACAAGUUGAGCUUCUUCUUGAGGGUGAGCUUAGAGAUGCAAAUAUCAAAGCUUUCGAAGCUUGUAAAUCCUGCACAGAUGGCAUAAAGGAUCACUGCGAGGCUGGAUUUUCUCUCCUUCUUUGCCUCCACAAGAAUACCAAACUCUUUGUUUUCCCUUAG